GGCUCUCGCGAAAAAGGGAUCACGGAUCGCGAGUUACGUAUAUAUGCGUCGCGGGCAUCUAUAUAUCUAUAUACGCGUACAGUGGAGAGCAUAGCGAAUAACGCUGCAGCAGUGAUGUCCGAAGGAUAGCCCGAAUAACAAACGGAGUUUCUCUCCGCGACGACGUGUGUACCUAUACGUGGUGCGGAUAUACAGUGCUGUGUGUAUAAGUAACUUGUGCUUUAUGCGAAGAGCUUGAGGCGUCGCGGGGGACGACGGACGACGACGUCGCGGCGCACAUAUCCGUACACACUGGCUUCCAGAGGAUGCAGAGGAGUUCACUGGACUCUGCGAUGACAUAGAGCUUCCGAGCUUCAGUAGGCAUUGAUUUUGUGUCUACUUGGAUUUUACUCGAGUAAAUGUAGCUUCUGAAGCCAAGGGAGACUACACAAACGAGAUAUUUGUGUGAGUGCAGAAGAUGGGAGCGUGCGAGGAACAACAGUAGUGAGCCAGCACCAUGAGAGUCCUUGUAUCGGUUGUACUAGUCACUGUAGCCUGCAUCGUGGGUCUGACUCUGGUCGAGGCUGAUAAAAUAUGUGCCGUCAGAAAGAGGGAAGUUAAGAGCGUGGCUGAGGAGCAGAACUCAACUGAUGACAUCGAGGAUGCUUUCAACACCAAUAAUCACAACCAGACUGAAAAUGAUAUCAAAUAUGAGAAAUGCAAUCAAUACUGCUAUGCAUUGUGGCAGGAAGAAAGCACAUCAAACGGGACUAAAAUCAAUAUUUUUCUUCAAGGAUGUUGGAAACAAGAGGGUCAAGAGUGCGAGCACACGGAAUGCAUAGCAAAUAGGUGGACUAGAGCAUUGAGCAAUGCCAAGUUCUGCUGUUGCAGGGAAGACUAUUGCAAUGUGAAUGUCACAGAUCCUUUUGAAAAUAAGUUACUUUUAACCAGCCCAGCAAGUAAGAAUAAUUUAAGUGUGAUCGUUACAGCCACAGAAUUUUUGGAGCAGGUGAACUCUGAUCACUUGAUGCUCAUCACAGUGACUACUCUAGCUAGCAUUUUACUAGUCACGUUUACAGUGAUCGUUUUGAUAUAUUUGGUGUACAGAAAUAAUGUUUUAAUGAGAUUGGGAAAACCACUGCCAUACAAUGACAAUUUUAACGACGGUAAUGGGCUCAGAACUGGUACUUACACUGUUGACCAUUUGAAACUUUCAACAAUAGUUGGUGAAGGAAGAUAUGGAUCAGUCUGGCAAGGUAGCAUGGGAGAUCAAGAUGUUGCUGUGAAAAUUUUUCCUGGCCAUUAUCAGAGUUACUUCCUGAAUGAGAGAGACAUAUAUUGUUUACCUUUUAUAGAGCAUCCCUCACUGUUACAUUACUAUGGUUCUGACGAAAGGAUAAGCAUGGACGGAAACGUCGAAUACCUCUUGGUAUUUUCCUAUGCACCCGGCGGCACAUUGACCGACUUUUUACGUUAUCACACUUUUGACUGGAUGACAUUCUGCAAAAUGGGACUCUCAAUAGUCAAAGGACUCGCAUAUUUGCACACGGACAUUCGCAAAGGAGACAAGUUCAAGCCAUGCAUAGCACACAGGGACAUGAACUCGAGGAACAUUUUAAUCAAAUCUGACGGCACCUGUUGUAUCUGCGAUCUCGGGCUUGCGGUUCAAAUCUCAGGAUCUAAGUAUUACUCGAACGGCGAGGAGCAACAUGCAGAAACUAAAUCUAUAAAUGACGUCGGCACACUGCGAUAUAUGGCACCAGAGGUGCUCGAGGGUGCCGUGAAUCUACGCGACUGCGAAAGCUCUCUCAAACAAAUCGACGUCUACGCAAUGGGCUUAAUUCUCUGGGAGCUGGUGUCCCGCUGCACAGAUGUCUACGUGUCUGGCACUGAGAUACCCUCAUACCGACAACCCUUCGAGAAAGAAAUCGGUCUCCAUCCAACGUUCGAGCAGAUGCAAGUGUUGGUUUCUCGAAACAAAGCGCGACCGCUUCUAGAGGGCAACAUAGUAGACAAGCCCGGAGUCCGCUUGAUCAGAGAAACUAUGGAAGACUGUUGGGACUCGGAUGCAGAGGCGAGAUUGACUGCUCUCUGCAUUGAGGAGCGAUUGAUGGAACUCCAGUCCCAUCGAAUAACAAUGUAUUUUACUGAUGGGAGCCCAAUGGUGAAUUCCCACUGCGGACUUGUGCCUUCGACAACAAACAGCCUUUACAGCGAUGCGCCUCAUCACGAAGGCUCUCACGUUGUGCAAAUGAGUGGCCACGACGGUAGCGAAGUCACCGUAGACAAUUUAGUAACUUUAUCCCCGACCGAGAGCGGCACGCACGAGCACAGCGCAAAAAACUCGAACGAGACGGCGGUGCUCCUGUCCACUUCGGCGCCGGUGCCUCAACUGCAGCCAUACCAAGGCCGUAACCCGUGCAUGGAACGAAAUUUGAUGCUGCAAUCUGACUCUUGCGAAGAGCUCGGCUGUCAGGGGAACGUCCUCGUCAAUCGAUCGUCAAAACACUCCGGCAACGAUGCCGGCGCCUACGGCAAGCAUUCGAGUAGCGAAACUCAGAGUCUUGUGCCACACGACUAUCUCGGACAACAGCAGCAUCAUCAUCAACAUCAACAGUUGCACCAUGUCACAAGCUCACAGCAAUUGUCGCUGAGACCGGUUACGCCUAUUCCAUAUGUGCAGAACGUCAUCUCAGAGUGCAGUGGUGGCAGCACCUCGUACAAUAAGCUCAAGCAGACUAACGUCCAGGAGUCCUGUUACACAGCUCUGCCCAGCAACCCCCAGGACAGUCCUCGUCGUCGUCGAUUUUCCGGCUGGUCCAAUCUCAAGAAGAUUCUUGCCAACAAGAAGAUGAUGUACCAACAGCACCACCCAGCGUACACCAAGUGUCAGAUCGACCGCGAAGAUUCCAAAUCAAAUCUCCUCGCGAGCAAAAACGCCAACCAACAGCCGAAGAUCGUCGAAACCAAUGUUAGCAUAUCGCCGACCGGGAAGUACGUUAACGGCAUAGUCCCGGGUCGAUCCGAGAAGAACAGUGAGAAAAGAAGUAGCAGUAUCGGCGAGGCUUCCAAUAGCGCACAAGCUAACUCCAGCCGACCGUCGACUCUUCCGCUGGUAAAGCUUCGGAAAAAGAAAAGCGAAACGAACCUCAGCCGACAGGAAAGUCUCGACAAAUUCAACGAGGUCUUCAACACUGGCUCGAACUCGAACAUCUCGCUCAAAGAUCCGCACAUGCGUAUUAAGACACCCGGUGAUCUACCACCCUCGGUGCGUAAAGUUCGCGGCCGGGGCAGUCAAUCAACCACGGCGAGAUUCUCACUCUACGACGACAGGAUGAUGUGCAACAUUCUGACCGAAGAGGAGGACAGGAGCAGCAGGUCCGACAACAACGUCUCUUCGAACUCGGUGCCGUUCGGUAUGGACUUCGCCGACGAGCAGCUCACCGUUCAGUCCAAGUUCGAUGCGAAAGACGUCACCUGCUUCUAAUCAAAAGUGAGAGGACGAUUUGCAGGUUGAAUUGCCCUGGUGGAAGUCGCAUCCUUUAAGCAAAGGUAUGGGAGAGUGGAAUUUGCCAUAGAGGUUGUUGCGUUUCGUUUUUCUUUUCAACACUUUCUCAUAAGCUUUUGCACUUUUGCCGGAGCGUACGCGUGUUUUGUUAUUACUUUGGCUUUUAGCUUAUUUUAUCAAAUACGGGUUGCAUCAUUGAUGUGUGUCUCCGUCGACAGACCUAACAUUUUUACCGAAAGUUUUCUCGAAUCUUACUAAAGCGAUCGUUUCCACCGGGUCAGAGAGUAAAAACGAUUGCUGACUAUAGAAGCACAGAUCCGAGGGCAGCAAUUGUACAGAGAUUGUGUAUAGGAUUUUAUAUAUAUAUAUAUAUAUAUAUAUAUAUAUAUAUAUAUAUUAUAAAUACAUAUUAUAUAAAUAUAUUACAUUUUAUACUUAAUGGCAAACAGAAAACAAAUAUAGUCGUUUAUAAUUUCGAUAUAUUGAGAGAUUGCGUGUGACAGAAUUAUUGUAAGAUGAGGUAUGAUGCAUUUUACGACGAUGCGCCUGUGAUUUUCGAUAUUUUAGGUUUUUUUUCUCGAUAAAGAGUAUUGAUAUACUUGAUCAUUUUUUUGAAGCGUUAGUCAUUGCGCGUGACGUAUAUUUGAUACUCUGAAUUUGAAGUUUCGAUAAAGUAUUGCAUUUGAUAUUCUGAAGUUUACUUGAAAUGAUUUUCUGAGUUGAGAGUAAUUAAUCGAUUCUUUUGAUAAUUUUUUACUUCUAAACUUGAUAUUAACUAAUGCGUAGGUUUUUUACUAAACCUCGAUUCACAUGAUAACGUUAUACUUUUUUAAACGCGAAUAGUUUAGCAGUUUCAUUACUUAUAUUGAAAAAUUAUGUACGAUAAAAACCCAUAGGCUACAUUUUAACUAAAGAUUUGAGAUUCAGAAAUUUUACAUAAACUUUAGAGUACUUAAUAUACCAAUAUUGCACAAAGCAUGAAAAUACAUAAAAAUUACUUUUUUCUUUUAAAGUAAAAGGUACUACUUUUCAAAACAUUAUACAGUCGUUUUCAAAUAAUACGAUCUUAGAGUUAGGAGUUAUUUAUACUCUAAUUCUCAAAAUUAAAAAAACGUGAUCUGAAAUCACGUUGCGUUUUUGAGAACAAGGAACUUUAUACUUCUUCGAUAAUUCAAUUUCAUAUAGUGUAUUCUAAACCCCAAUUGUCGUAUAAUUGUGAACGAUCGUUGGUGAAAAAAGCGAAGCGGCAAAAACAAUUUUAUUAUGAAUUCGUUUUUAAAAAAAUAUACAAUCAAAGAUUCAAUUAUACUCAUUUGUAGUGAAAUUACCGUUAAAUGGUUGUUUUUUCCUUAAUUUGUUUAGAUUGCAAAUUAUAAUUAUGAAAUGUGAUUUUUGUUUUUUUUUUAUUACGUUGACUAUUGUGAAUUUUAGCGACUAAACAGAAGUGUAAAGUGCAAUGACACAAUAAAAUUAUGUACUCAAGGCGCGCGAUCGCAAGUCCGUUAUAGAAGGCAACGACGCUAUGUGAUCGGUUAGUUGUUAUGAUUAUGAUUAUUAUUAUAUUAGUGUGAAUUCAAAGUGACUGUUCGAAACAUUUUAGGAUCUCUUUUUCCAAAGAAGCGAAGCUUCGUAAGGAUUUUAGGAAAUGUAAUUGUUUUGUUACUAAUAGUCUUUAAGGAGAUGAUAAAAAAAAUAGUGAACAAAAGAAAGAAAAACGAUUAAUAAAGAUGCGCGUAGUUGUGACAAAGUUAUUCUGACUAGGUCUCGUAGGUAUAUGAUCAGCGAAUCACAUUGUGCCCGAUACUUUCCAAAGUGUAACACAACUACAUUCCAAAUGUGUAAUAUUCCUUUUUAUUUUUUAUUUCUCUUUUUUUGGUUAAAUAAUGUAUAUUCUAAAGGAACGUUUUUUUCUACGCUUGUCCGUGUAAGUAGGCUCUGUCAAAAAGAAUUUUAAAAUUAUAUACUAAUAUGAAAGGUAUUAAUUGAAUGUAUGUAAAGCACGUGUUUUUUUUUUAAUAAAAGACGAUUACAUCCCCAUA